AGGAGAAAAGCGCUCUUUUGGGGUCUCUAUAUAAAGGCGGCCCAGGGAGUGAAGCAGCUGUUUUCGCGGUGCUGUUCAGACCCGUAGCGCGUCUGCUGUCGCCAGAGCACCGAUAACUUCGGAAAGCCUUAGCCUGCCGGAGAAAUGCGUGAAUGCAUCUCAAUCCAUGUUGGCCAAGCCGGUGUGCAAAUUGGCAAUGCAUGUUGGGAGUUGUACUGCUUGGAACAUGGCAUUCAGCCUAAUGGCACAAUGCCAAGCGACAAAACAAUUGGUGGUGGAGAUGACUCAUUCAACACCUUCUUCAGUGAGACGGGGGCAGGAAAGCAUGUUCCUCGUGCUGUAUUUGUGGAUUUGGAACCAGCAGUCAUAGAUGAAGUGCGGAAUGGGAUCUAUAAGCAACUCUUCCAUCCUGAACAAUUGAUUUCUGGCAAGGAAGAUGCUGCUAACAAUUAUGCAAGAGGUCAUUACACUGUGGGAAAAGAAAUAAUUGACCUUGUAUUGGAGCGGAUUAGGAAGUUGGCAGACCAGUGUACCGGUUUGCAAGGAUUCCUGAUCUUCCACAGUUUUGGAGGAGGCACUGGUUCAGGUUUUACUUCUCUGCUGAUGGAACGCCUGUCAGUUGACUAUGGAAAAAAAUCAAAACUCGAAUUUGCCAUAUACCCAGCUCCUCAAGUUUCAACUGCUGUUGUUGAGCCAUAUAAUUCCAUAUUAACUACGCAUACUACUCUUGAACAUUCUGAUUGUGCCUUCAUGGUUGACAAUGAAGCUAUCUAUGAUAUUUGUCGGAGGAAUCUAGACAUUGAGCGCCCAACAUACACCAAUCUCAACCGCCUCAUUGGUCAGAUUGUUUCAUCCAUCACUGCUUCUCUCAGAUUUGAUGGUGCCUUAAAUGUAGAUCUGACAGAAUUCCAGACAAACCUGGUGCCUUAUCCCAGAAUUCAUUUUCCCCUAGUCACAUAUUCCCCUAUUAUUUCAGCAGAGAAAGCCUAUCAUGAGCAACUCUCUGUCUCCGAGAUCACCAAUGCUUGUUUUGAGCCAUCCAAUCAGAUGGUGAAAUGUGAUCCUCGCCAUGGCAAGUACAUGGCCUGUUGUAUGUUGUACCGUGGAGAUGUUGUCCCCAAGGAUGUCAAUGCUGCCAUUGCUGCUAUCAAGACAAAGCGUAGUAUUCAAUUUGUUGAUUGGUGUCCUACUGGUUUUAAGGUGGGUAUUAAUUAUCAGCCCCCAACAGCAGUUCCUGGUGGUGACUUGGCUAAAGUCCAACGUGCAGUUUGCAUGCUCAGUAAUACCACAGCCAUUGCAGAAGCUUGGGCCCGUCUGGAUCACAAGUUUGAUUUGAUGUAUGCCAAGCGGGCUUUUGUCCACUGGUAUGUAGGAGAAGGAAUGGAGGAAGGAGAAUUUUCUGAGGCCCGAGAAGAUUUGGCUGCACUUGAAAAGGAUUAUGAAGAAGUGGGCACUGACUCCUUGGAUGGUGAAGAUGAAGGUGAAGAAUAUUAAAACUCUUUAAAUAUUGUGAGGCUGUUGCCAUUUGCUACUUUGCCUGUGUUACCAAGAAAAUGCAUCUUUACAUCUCAAAUGUAAACAUCUAGCAUUCCAUAAUAAAGUACUUGGAAUAAAUUCUUAUAACCAAAGAAAGCAUCAGUUGUUGAUCCAAGCAUUAAAUGUUUAGCUGGGAUACAAAUAAAAUGAUCUUGCAUAUCAA